GAGACACGCCCUCACGCAGGCUUUGGAAGGGUUUUUGUUGAGCGAUUCCUCACUCGCAAGCUCCGACUGCAAAGCCAUGGACGACGACGACGAGCUUCCCAAGCAAGCCGCAAUGCGUACCUUCGCUCGUCUUCGCCCUCACUGUACCGAUCUCCUGGCGAAGGUCACCACUCGUCCCGAUGAGUGUUCGCAGGCGUUGAUCGCCCUGCAAGCGGUUAUCACCAAAGAGCCCGCUCUCGGUCUUCAACCAUGCUUGGACUAUCUGUUGUUUCCUAUCUUGCUACUUCUGGAUGCGGCUGUUGCAUGCCGAGCGAACAAAGUUGCACAAAAAGAGUACACGCGCCUACAUGUAGGCGACAAGGUGGCCGAGAGAGCGGUAGUCUGCUUGACGACGGUGCUGGAGAAGUGCCCUUGCGAAGCAGUAGCGCAGUUGACCACUUUGCUUCGCAAGUUGACGGGAGCUGCCAUGAUGUCUCCAGCAGAGGCCUCAGAGGAGUUUCGGCACGGUACAGUUUUGUGCUUACGGUCUGUCUUCCAGGCUUUGCAACCAUGUAAAUCCUCCUCUUGCAGCUGUAAAUAUGUUCUUCCGUCAGUAUUUGACAUGUUGAAGCAAGACUCAGGAGAUCCGUACGAAUCGUACACUCACCCUGCACAAGAAGAAUAUACCGCUGAUGAAGAGCUUACACCAGUUGAUUAUGUGGCACCAGAAGUUUGCCCGUUAGGCUAUCUACAAUCGCUUGACAUGGCUCCUGCAAUAGGACAUCUUCUGUCUUUACUUCUGCAGAUUGCGGAUACAGAGGCAACACUAGGGGGUAUCGGUAAUGGUAAACUGCGAGAGGAUGCUCUAUCAACGCUUCGCGUUAUUCUUUUAAAGGUUGGUAAUGCAGACGCUCUGGCAUUUUUUCUUCCAGGGGUGGUGAGUGGCCUGACGAAAGCAAUACGCAGUUCCAUGGUCACAAGCACACGGUCUGUGUUAACAGCAACUUACAAAUCUGUGGGGGCAGCAGGAAGCACUGGAGCUUUAGAAGAAAGUGUAAGAGGAUUAGCGGAAGCGCUUGUACUGGUAUUAGCAGAUUCCCGCAACUGGGCCUGCCUUUCAGAGAUGGACCCUGGGUCUAGUGAUUCAGAUCCCAGUAUUGAUCAAGUGGAGACAGCUCUUGAAAAUCUCCAGGUACUACUCAAAGAGGAUACAGAAAGAGCCGGGGAAUCUCUGAAGGUAAAUGUGCAUGGGGAUUCCAAGGAGAAUACUUUACGAGUUGGUGGUAGUGCCCAUGAUAAUAAGGAAGUAACCAAAGCAGGAGAACCAACACAGGGCUUGCCACUUCGGUUGGAUCGUGAUCGAAAAUGGUUAGAAUCGACUACUGCGCGUUUAGAAUCUAUGAUGUCUGUGAACCUACCUUUGCUAUGUGCGCAUCCUUCUUCGGCGGUGAGAUUAGCAGUUGAGGAAUCUGCUGCAGUGCUUCUUUUUUCUUGUGGUGUCACUCUUGAGAGGUGCACUUCAUUGUUUCUGGAGUGCCUGUUGGCGUUAGCUUGUGAUGAUUGGCAACAUGUUGCAUCAGCAGCGAGUUCAAGUCUCGUGCAUCUCUUGUCUGUCGAUGUGGCUCUAUGUAGUCGGGAAAAACAAGGGGAAUCAAUGCAUCGGUCUCGGUGCAUACGCAGGUCGAAGAUCCAGAAACAGGCUAUCUUGAAUCUUAUGCAGAGAUUGCUGGAGAGGCUUCCUCAAGCAGUGUUUUCAGGAAACGAGACUUUAGCAGUUCUGCACGCACGGCGGUUAGCUGCCGCCCUCUAUUUUGUUGGGCCUGAAGCACUUUGCUCAUCUUUCCUUGAAUCUUUGGAAUCUUGUCAAAGGUUUGUAAACAUUAUGUUGCAAUGUUUGAGCUUUUCCUCUGCAUUCGCUGGACCCAUCGACCUGAGCGUUUUGAGCACUGUACCAAAAUCUCCAGCCCUUUUGGCCAUAUCCAUUCCUACGAUAGGCAUCGAGGAUGAACAGCUAGAUACAUCACAGAAGCAAAAAGAGCAAAAGCCGGAAGAAGUGGCACCAGCGCACCUCUUGCCACGUAUGCCACCAUGGCUUUCCCAGAAUUCUCAAAGGGUGUUCAAAGCUCUUGCAAGCAUCAUCAGGCUUGUUGGUCGAGCUGCUGGCUCUGGUAGACCUGGGGAUCCUGCCUUAGUGCGUGUGGUGGAGGCCCUCUUGGGAAUUUUACAACAAGGGGCAGAUGAGCUCAGCCAACAGCAGGAACGAACAUAUCAGAGCGUAGACUUUGGCUUUGGUCAACCACAACGUGCAUCCGCUGUAUCAGCUUGUGUUCUCAAUGAACUUGUCUGUGGUGCCUCAGGGGUCUGGAGUCAUGAACUUGUUAGUCUCUUUGGAGGUCGAACUUCCAAAGAAGCAUGUGGUUUUGAAAAAUGGAAGUUUGAGAAUGACAUUGAAGUUAAGGCCCGCAUAUCGGAAUGCGUGGGCAGCAUAUUGCAUGAUUAUCUCGUACCCGAAUUAUGGGACCUUCCGGUAGAUUCUGCAGCAUUUUCUGAUCGUGGUUCCUCCAUGGUUGACAUGGCAAUUUUGCAUGUUCUUCAAGACAAUGCCAUGCUCCAGCAGGUUCUUGUGGAAGGGAUUGGUGUUUUUGGUCAAUCCCUUGGAAAAACAUUCGAGGAUGAAGGAUACCUGGCUCUUGUGUUGUAUCCAUUACUGGAAAAGCUUGCCUCAACUAAUAGUAAUGUUAGCUAUGCAGCGGAUCUUGCACUGCGAACCAUUUGCUACCAUAGUGGAUACCUAUCGGUCAAAGAGUUGGUGAUUCAGAAUGCAGACUAUGUGGUUGACUCUUUAUGUAGGCAGCUCCGGCAUCUUGAACUGCAUCCGCAUGCCCCGUCUCUCUUGGCAGCUAUUCUUAGACACACUGGCGCUGCCCCACACCUACUACCCCUUCUGGAGGAACCUAUGCAAGGUAUUGUUUUGGAACUAGAAAUUCCAGCAAGAAAUAGGCAUCCGCAGUAUACAAUGCCGCUCCUACGGGCACUUCGUGAGAUUGUCAAAGCAGCACGAGUCGAAGGUCGUGCUAUGUUAUCCGAAGCCAUGAGAACUGCCGACGAAGUGAAAGCUACCUUGGCAGAAGAAGUGGAUGUGCAUUCUGAGGCAGGGCAAACGCUCAUUGAACAAAUGAUUUCUGAAAUUCAGGAUAGAGAGAGACGUCGCAAAUCGGUGGCGUCAGUCGGCACAUCCUGUCUCCAUGCAUGUGCGCCUUUGUUGGCUUCUCAAGAUAGUCAAACGUGCCUUACUGUGCUAGGUGUAAUUGAGGAUGGAAUAGCGGGACUGGCAGACAUGGAAGCAACGUUUCCCUACCUACAAGUCCAGCGUACUGCAGUUGAAGCCUUUCUCAAGGCCGCUACGAGUGAAUUUGAUGACCCAGAUGCUGCAGAGCCUUUUGGUGCGCAUGAUGAAUCGAGUAAUCGAAAUAAUUUACUCUUACCGAGUAUGAAUCAAAUGUGGCCACAACUAGUUCCUUGCCUUCGUCAUACCCAGCCCGCGGUCCUCGUGCGAGUAUUGGAAGUUAUGUCUAGUCUUAUUACCAUCUGUGGCGGUCAAUUCUUCACCCGCCGCAUAGCUAAGGAUGCCCUUCCAUUUUUGUUAAAACUUCUCCGUGAAGGACCUUCCUUGUAUACAAAUCGUCCUUCUGAUGCCUUAAGACCCAAGUCUAGUAAAGAAUUGCUGCUGCUGAGGAAUCAAGGGAAAGAGAUGCAGGAAAACGGAAUAUCACCAGCGGCUGUAUUGAAAGUCCAGCAAGCAGUGCUGAAGUGUAUAGGGGUCAUUGCAGGGGAUCAUAAGAGCGCGAGCGCACUUGAAAGUUCAUACAAGCCAAUUGUGUCGUGGAUUGUGGUCCUGGCCUGUAAAGUAAAGGCCCUGCGAGCAGCAGCAGCGGAAACCCUUGUUGCUCUUUCAAACCUAGACUCCGACCUGGUUUGGCUUAUUGUGGCAGAUCUUGUUUACGAUGGACGCAGUCAAGGUCUACCAUCCCCAGGUGAUGAAUUUCCCACUUUCGUACACGUCUUUCCCCCAUUGGUUUCCCCAAAGGAUGCAUUUUGGGUACAAUAUACUAGUCACAAUGGCGACUCCUCGGUCGACAGGAAAGCUGCAGAUGAACUGCUUACCAAGCUGGUGUCAUCUUACAAAAACCCAUAGUAACUCAGGAUUUUUACAGCUAACUGGUAAAUGGUUUCUCGUUGUAGCACCAGUUGACCAGAAGUUUCCAAUUUGCUCUGCCUCGAGGAGAUACCUGAAUAUCUUGCGUCUCAUCUGUAUAGUUGGAACAUUGUGAAGAGGUUUCAUUGACGUGAACACGGCUUGACCUUUUAUAGAAUUUUCCGUCCUUUUCGUGGUCCCGUAUGUCAACUGCAAGACCUCUUUGGUUAUCAAAGCCAUCUCUGUACUCUCUGAGCCGUAACCCUUUGUGUACAUGCAUUGCUCCCUCACCCUUCUUCUAUCCUGCUCCCACCCACUCCCCCCCCCCUCGCAUCUUACGCGACACUAAAAUCCCACUACGUCUGUUAAACUGGAUCUGUUAGUCCCGUCUUCUUAGAUAUCACGUCCUUUUCCAUUUCUUUCAAUUCCGAUCCCCGUUUCUACAGGGUAAAACCAAAAAUGUUUUCAAGUAAAUGGAGUCCUUUUGGGCAUACAUUUCAACAUGUAAUUUUUUUAAAGAAAUGUUCAGAAAACUCACUGAAAAUGUUAGUUA